UUUUGAUUUCCCGUUAGCCCCAGUGUUUAGAAAGACGGUGGAAAAUGAGGUAGCCAUAUUGUAGUGGAGGACCAAAAAUAUAGCAAGUCAGAGAAGCACAAAAUAGAGCUAGCCAAAGUUAAAUUAUUCAAAGAAACGUUCAGUUGGGAGGGAGAUCGUUGGCAAUUUAGCCAUCUAAGACCGGGAAGACACCAUGAGUGGAGGAACCCCUUAUAUCGGGAGCAAAAUCAGCCUAAUCUCGAAGGCCGAAAUUCGUUACGAAGGGAUCCUCUACACUAUUGAUACUGAGAAUUCGACUGUCGCACUUGCAAAAGUUCGCUCUUUUGGCACAGAGGAUCGGCCCACCGAUAGGCCCAUCCCGCCCCGAGAUGAGAUCUUUGAGUACAUCAUCUUUCGAGGUAGUGACAUUAAGGACCUGACUGUAUGUGAGCCGCCCAAGCCAACAUGCUCUCUCCCUCAGGACCCGGCCAUCGUCCAGUCGUCCAUGGGCUCGGCCCCUCUGCCUGCUCCUGCUACCGCAUCAGCAUCGUUUCAGUCGGUGGGCUCCUACGGCCUAUUCAACCGAGCCCCGGUGCCCCCGUACAACCAGUUCAGCACCAGCCCCUUGGUGUCCCCGCAGUUUGGCGCCGUUGGUGUUGGUAAGAGCCAUAGCAGCACGAGGCCUGGAUAUGGAAGAUCAGUCCCCUCCUUUGGGAGUGACACAAGCUCAGCUGCACCCCAGUCUCAGAGCAGUGCUAUUGGCGCUGCUCUCCCCACUGAUUCACGCUCUCUGGGUACCACUACUACCCUUGUAUCUAAAGUCCGCACUAGCCCCUCUCUGGACCUUCUGAGGAAGAGCCCCACCCUAGAGCAGGUUGUCCAGGCCACCCCAUCGGGCCCCCCAGCCCCUGGCUUGGGCCGCAGGAGUCCCGCUCCCGGCCGCACGGCCCCCUCGGCUGCAGCUGCCGGCCCCGUCCACCAGAAGGCCCAGCAGCACCACCACCAUAUCCAGGACGGAGGUGAACCCAGGAGGACCGGUGAGACUGUCAGUGGAGCCCGCAGUAACCAGGCCUGGCCUGCGCUCCGCAAUGCACCGAUCUCUCAUCAACACCACACCACUGCUGUAGAUAGGGCUUCCACUGCAGGGCUUAUGCACUCUGUCUUUAGCGCCUCAGGCACAGAGGGCCAGAAAGCACCCAGACCAGAGUCUGAGCAACAGGCACCAGGUGAAGGCAGGGAUGCCAGUCAACGGCCAGCAGCUGGCUGCCCCCAACCUCAGAGGCGUGGUCGUGGUGGCGGACACCGCGGCAGGGGCCACUUCAACGUGCGCCGAGACGGGCCAAUGAAGUUCGAGAAGGACUUUGACUUUGAGAGUGCCAAUGCCCAGUUCAACAAGGAGGAGAUUGACAGAGAGUUCCACAGCAAGCUCAAACUGAAAGAUGAGAAGCCGGAGAAGGCAGCGGUGAACGGGGAGGAUAAGGGCGAUUCCGGGGUGGAGACCCUGAACAGCGAGGGCAACGCUGAUGAAGGGGGAGAGGCCCUAACGCCUAACGUAUACUAUGACAAGUCAAAGUCUUUCUUCGACAACAUCUCCUGUGAUGACAGCAGGAAAGCUGCAGAAAGAUCUGGAGGAGGCUCUGGUUUCCCACGGGAGCGGAGGCAGACCUGGGCCGAGGAGAGGCGGAUGAAUUCGGAGACGUUCGGCAUCCCUCUGCGUGGGGGUCGGGGCCGUGGGGGCUACCGUGGGCGGGGCGGUAUAGGCUUCCGCGGGGGCAGGGGGCGCUCGGCCAGCAGAGGGUCCUUCGGCCCCCAAGGAGGCCACGGCUACAGGGGAGGAUACAACAGAACAAGCCAGGGAGGACGGGAGUUCUCAGAGAACUUUGAAUACAGGAAGGAUAACAAGGUGGCCGCGUAAAACAACUGGAGGACGGAUCAACAGAGUUGCAACACCUCAUGUUUAAAAAUAGUUUAGGUUGCUACUUUUGACUAAAGGAAUGAAGAUGUUCUAGCUGUAUAUUUGUCACCAGCACUGGGUUAGACUGCUUGAAUGCAACUUAUUUUCCAUAUCUUUUAACAAUGGAAAUGAUGCAAUAUGUCAAACACAAAUGUCAUGAUCUCUUCAAAACUAUUUCCAGGUGGCUUAAUUGUGUAUAAGUAUCAUAUUUCAGAGGGAUAUCAGUAUUUUUUGGGGGUUUUUUUUGCAAUUGGAUUUUUUUUCCUUUUUUCUCCUAAACUUGUAUUUGAUCAUAUUCUGUUAAGUGUAGAAGGCUGUAUACAUGAGCCUUCCAACUGAGGAGCACUGACAAAGGUUUAUUUGUUUGGAUAUAUCCUGUUAUAACUUCAGCGGAAAAAUAGUCAGUGGGGUCCGUCAGUUACUUCCGUGUAUACUACACAUACCAUACCUAGUCCAUCUAUUUAUCCCACUUCUCUAAAUGGCAGAGCUUGUGGUUUUUUGCUAAAUAUUCUCAACUUUUUGUGAAUAUUCUGUUUUUCAUUUACUUCCAGCUCUUACUUUAGAUGUUUUUAUUAGGGCUUUAUCAGUCUUCUGUUAAUUCUGGUUUAAACCAAGAAGGAAUCAUCUGUAUUGUCUGUUACUCCCAUUCUACACUGUAGUGUAUGGAGGAUAGAGAUGGUGCUAGAUGUUAACACUUAGCUUUAUUCUUCUGGUUUUGUGAUAUAGUUUAACUCUGGAUGCGUAACUAGGAGUAGGGAAGGAUAGGUCAGUAAUGGCGCAUAAGUCAGAACUCAUUUUCUUUAUUUUAAAAUGUUCUGUAUAUUGCCCUGUACUCAAGGGCUCCUGGUAUUGUGUGACUAGAGUUGUAUAAUGCUGCUGUUUGCUACAGUUAUUUUUCUAGCGUCAUCUACAAGAGCUAGCUAAAGCAGGCCAUCUAAGUAUGCUUCUUCCUGACAAAUGGCCCAGUUUAUCAUUGGUUACAUUUUUGUUUGUAACCUUUCUAUGGAACUUCCCAAAAUAUUGGUUAUUCACUUUUACCUCUUUUUUUUUUUUGCCAGGCAGUUGCUUCUGAAUUGGUUAAAACCUCAUCCUGAAUUCUCCAUUUCUUUCAAACAGGAAUGACAGAAAUAAUUUCACCCACCAACAUUGCUUAGUACUUGAGAUGUCUGACAGAGAAACCAUGUCCUGACUAAGCUUUUGAUUCGAUGCCACUAACUCUGUCAUCGCACUGCAUGGUGGUUGAUAGCCUGCUGCAGCUACAUAAUGGCAGAAGAAUUACUGAGUUGAGUACGUAGACUAUUAGAACGAGGUGCAUAGCCAUUUGGUUUUAGCGAAAUAGGCAUUAGUUACAUAGCAACAUUGAAGCUAUUUUUGGAGGAUUUGAAUGAUUGGGCACAAAUUGGGCAAAGGUUGGUUAAUGGGAAGUAAUGAACUUUGACUGAGUAUUAGAAAGGUACACACAGUUGCACUUUUACUAUUGAAGUCUUUUUAUAAACAGUUGUCUUUUAGUUCAUUUGUGUAUACUGAGGAUGUAUUCCAGUUCUGCUAACUGGAUGACAAUAUGUAUGAGUCCCACAUGUCACCCUAGUCCCUAUAUAGUGAACUACUUGGCUCUGGUCAAAAGUAGUGCACUUUAUAGGGAAUAUAGGGUGCUAUUGGGGACACUUACAAUAAUGUUACCAUGGUAACUGCACAGUGCUAUUUGGUGAACUAGGCGCUCCUUCAUUUGAAAAUGUACUAGAUUUAUUCAGAAGUAUGUAAAUGUCAACAUUGCAAAAUUUGAACGUCUUGAUAAUUUCCAUUGAAGGAUAGUUAUUCCCUGGCAUUGAGGCACUGUAGUGGAAAGUGUUUUUCCUUCUGCCCCCAUUUAACUUUUGAAAGCUUCAGGUAACUUAAAAAGUACCAAACAUCUACGUACGACCCUUGUCUAAUUUAGUUAGGUUGUGUUUUAAGUCCAGCAUAGAAUGGUCUUUUCUCUUCCUAUUAUUUUGGCAAUGUUACUCAUGCAUGUCACCUGUUGUAAUUUGUUCAGAUACUCUGUCCAAAAACUAAUUUGGCACCUUAUCGAGGCAUGCAGAAAAGUCAAUAACGUGUUAAAUUGGAUGGGGGAUGCUCAAAUUCUCACAAGUGUCUUAGAGGCGUCUUGUCUAGGACGUAGGGUGGUAAUGUAGAAUGGCUGGUGGGAUAGGAUGAAUCUCAACUGUAUUGCCUUGAUUUCUCUUUCCUUGCAUCUUUCUCAAAACACUUCCUAUGCUUCAAUGUGCUUUGUGAAGACAGAGGGAGGACAUAAGGAAUCAAGGAAAUAGUUGAGAUGCACCUAUAGGAUCAUGUGCCUAGUUCAGGGGAAUGUCCUUUGUCUCCAUUUCAUGUUGGGUUGUAACAAAACAAAUGCACAGAACACUGCAUGAGGGUCCUGCACAUCAGAAGCUGCAAAAUCAUGACCCAAAGCAACGAAGAUACAAUAACUUACUGAAAUGUCUGUGCUGUGGGUAGUUUGUUUGCACUUCAAGAUCUUUAAUAUACAGACGUAAAGGUUAUUGUUUAUUUGGGUUACUUUUCCUAACAGUCUCUGGUGUCACAGCCACGUGUUUUGUCCCUAAACCCAGCAUGAUGAUCUCUCCUGUGGGCCUCAGUGGACUUUUUUUUUUUUUUUUUAUUCAGAGCAUACAAUAAAAGUUGUUCAUUACAUUGUA